GUCCAAUGAAAGAAGGGAGCAUCAUGGCGGAACACACAGACACACUGGUCGAGGGAUGUGCAGAUCUUGACGACAUGCCUGAGCUGUCGGACGGUGAUGAUGAUGAUGAAGGUGAAGACGAAGACCAGUGGAUGGACGAGGACCCUCAGGGGAUGGUUACCUGCCUGUUCUGUGACAGGGUGCUGGGCUCAGUACCAGCCACGCUGCAGCAUUGCUCAGAGGUGCACCAGGUCAACCUUGUAGACGUGAUAAGAAAACAUCAUUUAGAUGACUACAGCUACAUCAAGAUGAUCAACUUCAUACGUCUAAAGAAAUGUAGCGCCUCCCAACUGGCUGGAUUUUCUAAUGCUCCAUCACCGUGGGAGAGUGAAGAGUUUCUGCAGCCAUUCAUCCAAGAUGACCCCCUUCUCCAGACAGAUCCUGAAGAACUGUGUUGUUGGGAGGACUCACCCACAAAAUGUGGUGGAGAUUCAAACAAUGCGGUGCUGCAAAGAGCAAAAGCUGCUGAAGAGAGAGCAUGUCAGUCAGAGAAAGCCCUCGCAAGAGCAAUGGAAGAUCUUCAUAAACUCAAGCUUCUCGCUCAGGGUCUGGUGCUGAACGCAGACACCAGCAAAAGCAAUAAACUGGGCGCCGUGGCUGAGCUGCGAGAUGAUGAGGACGAAGCUUACUUCAGCUCCUACGGACACUAUGGCAUCCAUGAAGAGAUGCUGAAGGAUACAGUGCGCACAGAGAGUUACCGGGACUUCAUGUACAGCAACCCUGAUGUGUUCAGGGACAAGGUGGUGCUAGAUGUUGGAUGUGGAACUGGCAUUCUGUCCAUGUUUGCCGCCAAAGCUGGAGCCAAAAAGGUCAUUGCUGUGGACCAGUCAGAAAUCAUCUAUCAGGCCAUGGACAUUAUCAGGGCCAACCAGUUGGAGGACAAGAUAACGCUGAUCAAAGGUCGUAUCGAGGACAUCCAACUUCCUGUGGAAAAAGUGGACAUCAUCAUUUCAGAAUGGAUGGGUUACUUCUUGUUGUUCGAGUCGAUGCUGGACUCGGUCUUGUGUGCCAGAGAUCUGUACUUGGCUGACAAUGGCUCGGUCUAUCCUGACCUGUGUAACAUCAGCCUGGCAGCCUUAGGAGACCUUGAGAGUCACAAGCAGCACAUCGCUUUCUGGGAUGAUGUGUAUGGCUUCAACAUGUCAUGCAUGAAGAAGGCUGUGUUGCCAGAGGCCCUGGUGGAGGUGGUCAAAGGAGAAAAGCUGAUCUCCCACCCCUGCGUCAUCCAGACCAUUGACUGCAACAAAGUGAUUCUCUCUGAGCUGGAGUUUGCAUCACAUUUCUGCCUGAAGAUCACGGAAACAUCAGAGUGCACGGCAAUUGUCGGCUACUUUGACAUUUUCUUCGACAAAGGCUGCUGCAACAAGGUGAUGUUCUCCACUGGUCCCCAUGUGACCAAGACCCACUGGAAACAGACCGUCUUCCUGUUGGGGAAACCCAUUCCUGUUCGCGCAGGAGAGGAAGUGCAGGGGAAGCUCACAGUACGUAAAAACAAGAAGGACCCACGAUCUCUCCUCGUCACCCUUGAGCUUAAAGAUGUGAAGCAGACGUACAGCCUGCAGUGACACAUCAAGAUUCCAGCUGACUUUACUGAUGGACCGUCUCAUGACUCAUGUGCUCCAGUGCAUCAACAGUGUUUUCUUUUAUAGCUGCUUCACGUUCUUCGGGAAAUGUUGCCUUUUAA